GGGCCAGCGCAGGGGCCCCGCCCGGAGCCGGAAGGGUUCGGGGCGCUCCCAGGCGCUUUGGAGGAGUGGAGAGUCCUGAAACAGCCGGCACGGAGGCCACGCACUCAGCAUGGCUUCUCCAGCUCUYCUCAUGCGUGURGUGGCCUCUGCAUAUUCUGUUGCGGAAAAAGCUGCCACAAUUGUCAGAAAUGUGAUGUCUGCAGGAGAUCUGGGCAUAGUGGAGAAGGCUGGACCCAAUGACUUGCAGACCAAAGCUGACCGACUGGUACAAAUGAGCAUUUGUGCUUCCCUGGCACGGAAGUUUCCCAAGGUGACAAUCAUAGGAGAAGAAGAACUGCCCACUGAAGAUGUAACUGAGGAUUUAAUUGAAGAUGGUCACUGUGAAGAAAUACUGAAGAAGCCUUGUCCUGCUCAGUACACAGGAAUUAAAGAGGAAGAGCUUGUAAUAUGGGUUGAUCCUUUGGAUGGAACCAAGGAAUACACUGAAGGUCUCCUUGACCAUGUGACGGUUCUUAUUGGAAUUGCCUAUGGAGGCAAAGCCAUAGCAGGAGUUAUUAACCAGCCAUAUUACAACUAUGAGGCAGGAGCCAAUGCUGUGUUGGGCAGGACAAUCUGGGGAGUCCUGGGCAUGGGUGCCUUUGGCUUUCAGCUCACAGAAGCACCUGCUGGCAAACACAUCAUCGUUACCACCCGCUCCCACAGCAAUGCCCUGGURAAUGAGUGCAUCACUGCCUUGAACCCAGACCAUGUCAUCAGAGUUGGAGGAGCAGGAAACAAGAUCAUUCAACUCAUAGAAGGCAAGGCRUCUGCUUAUGUAUUUGCCAGUCCUGGGUGCAAGAAGUGGGAUACGUGUGCACCUGAAGCUAUYCUACAUGCUGUGGGAGGCAAGAUAACUGAUAUCCGUGGAAAUUCAUUUCAGUAUAACAAGGAAGUGAAACACAUGAAUUCAGCUGGGGUCCUUGCCACUUUGAGAAAUUAUGACUACUAUGCCUGUCGUAUUCCCAACACUGUGAAAGAAUCUYUAGUGCCUUAAAGCAGAAAGAAUCUUCAUUGGACCUGGAAGGCUGAGAAGAUGAGCUUGGAGAAAAAGAAGGGAAGACGACCAAGCUUGAAAUUUUGUUUCAUAGAAUCUGAACUGAAUUCUUUCAGUGAGGUGUGCAAUAAUUUCAAAAUUAUACAGAAUCGCUGUGUUGGAUCAGGUUGUUUUGCAGYGUUGAGCAGACAUCAUCAAAACAAUCACAUUUCUUCAAUAGUUGUUUUCUGUAUUCUUUGGAAUUUUUCAUUCCUUGUGACUGUGAGUAAUAUUCUGCUAAUCAUAACACUGCAGAUUAAAAGUCAUCUCAAUAUUCUGGGCACAAAAUCAUGUUAAGUCAUAUACAUGAUCUUGCUCCAUGGUUUUUGUUGUAUGUGGUCARUACAGGUUAUUGUGUUAAAUACAAAUGGACUAAGGAUUUGCUUGGAUGGAUUUGCCCGUUUCUUAUAAAGUUGCCAAUUUUGAUUCUUAGAACAGCAUCUUUCAAUUUUUUUGGUCUGCAUUGAGUUUUGGGAUGGCCAAGACUGUUGUUUGUUGGCUUGUCUGAGUUUUGCAGGAGGCAGGACACAGUGCAGCUGGACCUGGAAAUCUCAAAUAAGGGUUCAUGGAUCACUGGAUUCAUUGAGGGUCAGUGAAGUGUUAAUUCAGCAGGGUUCAGGACAGCUCAGUUGAGGAGAACCCAAGGAACCAUGACAGGGACAGGCAAUCCUAGCACCUAAUGAUCUGAAAUGCCUUUGUCAGGGUCUGUAGCACUGCAGUCUUGAAGCACUUUGGGCAUCCAAAGUCAAGGUCACUUUGGCAUAUUUGGRAAUAACAGAAAUGCCAGAUCUUGCAAUUUUCCAUGUCCAAAUUUUGAGAUAAAACAGGUGUCUUUCCAACAGCUGUGAGAGCUAAGGAACCUAGCAGUACCAUUUCCCCCGCUGUGGAACAGAGACAUGUCCCAGGGGAGAGAACAGGGCCAAGAGCAACUAAAAUUAACUUUGAAAUUGAAGGUCCUGUUUCAGUCAGCUUUCCCACAGAUGUGGAUGUUAGGAAAGCUGGAUUCAACUGCUCAGCCCACUUGAACACAAAAGAGAACAAGUAGUAAAUUACACAUGACUAGCUAAAACAGGCAAUUUAGACAAAAGCUGUGAAGUCUCUUCARGUUGAAUUUAGGAUUCUGGAAAUAGGCUCUUGAACCAGUGAGGCCUCUAUGCCCUUUGUUUUCUCCAGAUGUUGUGACUCAARUCCCUUACUCUCAAAUGAAGGAGUCCUAGGGCCUCCCUUUUCCCUAACAAUGUGACACACAAUGAGGCAGGACAUGGAGAGAUGCCGGUUUCAAUAAACAGAGUUUUGCUUUUUCUGUUCUCCAUGUGGAGAAAGGAGUGACAUAUCAGGUUCUCAGGUAUGUGGUGUCAGGGAGGAUGCCUGAACACAGCUGCUUGCUUACAUAAAGACUGAAUCCCUAAGCACUCCCACGAGGGUUUUUUUUUCUUAACCUCUGUGAGCACCAUGAAUGCCAAAGAAGCCUUCAAGAUGCACUGCACCCUUUCUCACUUCCUCUCUGCCCACAAGAUUAGGUCUUCUAAAUAACUACACCCUUCAUCCACACAAACUAUCUUUAAAUUAGCACACCAAGGGCCAAAAUGUUUUUUUCCACUCAGAAGAAAAUUUCAAAAUUCAGUUUUUCGCAGGGGAUUCAAGUUACUUCCUUGAAUACUUCCUUACUCCUUCCUUGUCAUCACACAAGAUAUUCAACAACUCCAUUUAGAGUCCUUAGAURAGAUCCUUUCCUCGCAGUAGGGUAACACCAAUAUGACUUCACUGGCUUAAAGCUGACUAUUUCCAAGAAGCAGGCACAUCUUGUCACCAAAAGAGAUGAACAAGGCAACUCUUGCUCAAGUGUUCCUGUCUCUCCAUGUGUACAUGUGGAAGAGAAUCUAUAGAAUCUCUUCCUUCGUGAGGUCAUCUUAGCCUAACGUUUACAGAUAAAUUAGCAAGAUUAGCAUUUACYUCAUUCUAGCAUGACACUGGAUUAGAGCUGCAUAUAUAGGAACAAUGUGUGCUUCUAAUCCUUUGAUCUAAAGCCUACCUUUCUUCUCUUCCCUCAAUUGCAUAACUGGUUCAGUUAKUGCAUGCAGGACAGAUUCAGCCUGMUUUAAUUAGAACCUUCUUC